UGUCGGCUUCAGCUUCAUCAUCAAGCAUCAUUAAUAGAUCAAUCAUCAAUCAGACCAAGAUGACGGUAAGGAGCUGUGCCACUACCACAUCAUCAAAUACGCAACCAAGGGGAUUCGUAGUGAAAUACGAGGAUAUGGAAUCAGAGGAAAGUAUGAUGAGUUUAUACGAAAGGUGGAUGGAACAUUACCAGAUUUGCAGAAACGGCGAGGAGAAGAAUAGACGCUUUCAAGUGUUCCAGGACUGUGUGAGACGAUUCCGCUCAGCCUUUGCAGACAUGUCCGAUGCAGAGUUCAGUAAAAGACUAAUAAAAAGAUGGGAUUUUGUAACGUCAAGAGCUAGGUUGCCUGCUCCCAAAAAUGAGGUAACUUAAGAAGUGCAUCUCUGAAACUCAGUGUUAUUUGCUCCUAUCAGUACCAAAACUAUUAGCUUUAAUUGCUCCUUCUUAUGUCGACUUGUGAGUUGUGACUAACAUAUCGGUGUUUUCUUGUUGCAGUGAUGUUGUAUGGGCAUGCUCCAUCUCUGGGGUCUAGUAAACUUAUUUUUAAUAAUCUUGCCGAUAAUCAUAGAGGAAGAAUAUUGCGAGCAUUUCUGCGACUUGUGAUUUUUGCUGAUCUGAAACGUGCUUUUGUUUUGUUGGCAGUCAUGUCCUUAUGAUUUUUGCUGGUCUGAAAUGUCCCCAUGUAUCUUUAGAUUUUUCUUG